CAACAAUGGCCUUUCCUUCAUUCGCGGUUCGAAGCGGCACGGGCCUGUCUGAUUGGCUGGAGAGGCGUCCUUCCAACAUGUCCGGUUAUCGCACUGUGCCGCGCACAGAUCGCUACCAAGAACCACCACAUCACCAGUGCCCCUCCAUAUCAUAUAUCUUUGCGUCCUCGGACAACAGUCGCCGCAACAUAUACGUCUAUUCAAGCCUCUGGAACACUUAAGAGCUUCUUGCGCGGACGAACCAACUGAAUCGAAGAUGUCAUUCGUUUGACUCACGCAUCACCAUCAUCACCCGAAUCCUCUCCGUCUCCGUCCGCUGAACACGCCUUUAAACACGCCGUGAUCCUUCAGAGAUCACAGCGAGGCGUCCAGAGCGGUCACCGGAGACAACUGCACCUCUACAUACCACAUGAGCCACAGUCUCUGGCGUUAUCUCCUCGAGGACGAUGUCGAUAGCUUUCGACAGUGCCUGGCGAACGCCACCUUCACCUCCGGACCUUCCAAGGUGGCCGCCGUAGGCCAGGCAGGAAAUGCUUCUUUCAAGAUUGGUAGCCCAGGGAGUCUAUCCGCGUCUCCCAAGACUCCAUUGAAAACAAGGAAGAGUUCGGGGUACACUCCAACGAGCGCAAGCCAUGGCAAGCCUGGAGGUCUUGUCUUGACGCGCGCUGAACUGAAUGCAAGAGACAGCUUCGGGAGGACAUUAUUGCAUCAUGCUGCAUCAUCAAGAUCGGAAGACGCCCUGGCAUUUGUCAAGGCCUUGUUGGGAAUGCCUUUCAUUGACCUAUACGCCCAGGAUCUCGAGAGCGGCUGGACAGCUUUGCAUCGUGCGCUGUACUUUGGCAACAUUUCAAUCGCACAUGCUCUGAUGGUCCGAGACAUCCAAGAUGCCACGGAUUACACAACAAACACCCAGCAUACCCACGCCGGCGGCCUCGUCAAGAUCAAAGACCAUGAAGGCAACAGUCCGUUUGAAGUAUUUGGCCUCACGAUUGCCCCGCGAUCUUUGCAGGAUGAUUCUUCCACACUCCCAUCUGGCUUGCAAGACGACGAAAGCAUCAACGGCAUGGACUAUCAUGAAAACUAUGAUGCCGAGCGGUCAAAACGCCAUGUCCAGCCCCUCGUCGAUCUUGUAGGGGAUGAGGUAUACGCGUUUGGUAGCAACAAGAAUAUGUCCCUGGGUGUUGGGGACGGUGACGAUCGACAUUAUCCAGAACGCCUUCAAUUUACAAGACCAGAUCACCUGCUCCAGCGUCUGCUUGCUGAUCAUCUCGAGGCCAGGCAAAGCGCCCAGCAUGCAGACUUGGCAAGCAGCAUUGAGGAUCUUCGAGCGCAGGACUUCCUGCCUGAUAUCAUUCGGUACAAACCAAUCACCAUCCAAAACGUGGUCAUGUCGAAGUUUCAUACUGCUGUGCUAACGGACGACCCGAUUUCGAACCUGUACAUAUCUGGAUUUGGACAAGGUGGCCGUCUUGGUACUGGUGAUGAAAACACUUCUUUCACUUAUCGGUGCAUUCAAAGUGGUGGACUUGCGAAGAGACACAUUUCCGCUAUAGCCCUUGGGCAGGAUCAUACCGUGGCGGUAUGCUCGCAAGGCGAAGUCUAUACUUGGGGAAGUAAUCGGUAUGGUCAACUGGGUUAUUCUCUGCCGGAGGUGCCCAAAAAUGAGGUGCCUAUGCAAUUGACGCCACGCCAACUCUAUGGAUAUAUCAAGAAAGAGGUCGUUGUCGGUGCAGCGGCUUCCGCAAUCCAUUCAGCAUUGUACACUUCGUCGGCACUCUAUACCUUUGGUAAGAAUGAAGGCCAACUGGGUUUGAUGGAUGCAGACGCCCGGUCAUUGGGAAUACAAGAGCUUCCUCGCCGCGUCGGAGUGUCGGUCUUGCAAUCUUCGAUUCUGUCGGUCAGCGCGAUUGACCGCGCUACCACUGUAUUACUCGAGAACCACGAUGUCAUUGUCUUCACACAUUAUGGCUGGACCAAGAUACUCUUUCCGAUGGAAACGUUCACCAAUUACUACAUAUCGGACAGUCUCUCGACGAGGUAUAACAUGGAGUCCAACUAUGUCAAACAGAUCACAAGUGGUGGCAGCACGAUCUGUGCCAUGUCUUCAUUUGGGGAAGUCUAUACCGUCGAGGUUCCAAAAGUGUCGGAGAACGUCCCUUCGCACAUGUCUACGACCAAUCCGACUAAGGCCCGUAAUGCUCUACCACUGCCGGUCCGUCUCUGGUCGAUCCGGAAAGCUCACAUGUCUGCUAUUGACGUGGCCGUCGGGCAAGAUGGCUCGAUCGUGCUGUGCACCGCAUCCGGAUCCGUCUGGCGAAAAGAGAAGCGCGCAAAUAUCAAAACCGUGCGCGACAAGCAGGCAGGCAUGGCGCGGGUCAAAGACUACAAAUUCGUCCGCGUUCCUAACCUGACUCGAGCAAUAGCCGUUCGAAGCAACGCUUUUGGAUCGUUUACAGCCGUACGAAAAGACUGCUCCGUCACUCGCGAUCAAAUAGUUCCGGAAGCGCAAUCUUUGUGGAACGAUGUCGGGCUCUUGCUUCCUUUUAUCGAGUAUGGGAAGUCAAGCGACGACCCCGAGCUAGGGGUCAACUCGGCCAGUAUUUGUCGCGCGAUCAUCACCAAAGCUUCGGCAGAGCAAGACAUCAUGGACAUCUGCAAACGCCACGAACCACUAUCGGACAGCCAGUACGAUCUUUGGAUUACCUCCAAUGUCACCGACAUCCGCAUUCCCAUUCACGCUUUUGUGCUCAAGGCAAGGAGCAAGGUCAUGCGGACUGCUUUGACAGAGUUUCAGGAGUCAUACUACUAUUCCAUUCCCGAUGUUCUGUCGAUCGAAUAUGGAGCCGAUGGGCAGAUUCAAAUAAUGUUUAAUGGCGCCGAUUUCUUGACCAUCGUCAACCUGGUGUUAUAUCUGUAUACGGAGAACCUGGCUGAUGUCUGGCACUACACGUCCAAGGCAUUGCAAUUUGCCGCACGCUAUCGCGCUAUUCGAAUUGAACUCAUGAAAAUUGCUACACACCUGGAAUUGCGAGAAUUGGAACGAGCAGCGAGAGUCAUGGUUGAUCCUGCUUGGCAUCUCGCAAACGACAUGGAGCUUGCCUUUCUCGACCCCGAGUUCUUCACCGAUGCUGAUGUACUUAUUGAACUUGCCAAUGGAGCCGAGCUUCCUGCUCACAGUGUUCUGCUGUGCAAGCGUUGUCCAUUCUUUGACGGCUUGUUUAAUGGACGAGCUGGAGGAAUGUGGAUGCGUUCGCGGCGCACGGCAGCAGCUGAGGAGUCCGAGCUUGUCAGAGUGGACCUCAAACAUAUUGACGAGCGUAUCUUCAGCAUGCUUCUACGACAUCUCUAUGCCGACACUGGAGAUGAGCUGUUUGACGACGUAGUCACAAAGAGCUUUGACGAGUUCAUCGAUACCGUCAUUGAAUUAAUGUCUGUUGCCAAUGAACUCAUGCUGGAUCGGCUCGAGCAGAUUUGUCAACAAAUUCUAGGAAGAUUCGUCAAUGUGAGGAACGUCUGCUCUUUACUGAACACUGUUGCCGAGUGCUCCGUGGACGACUUUAAACAAGCGGCUUUGGAGUACAUUUGUCUGAAUUUGGAAAGUACGUUAGAAAUGAAGUUGCUGGAUGAGCUGGACGAAGACCUCUUUUCUCAGCUUGAUGAGGUUGUCGAAGCCAACCAGCUGGCGUUUUUGCCGUUCGCUCGCAGUGAAGUAGCAGAGAUCGAACUGGUUGGAAACCACCCCGAUCUGCUCAGGAGGAUGGAGAUCUGCAGGCAGCGAAGGAUCGACUCUAUGAGGCUGAGGUCGAGGCUUGUCGAGGACGAAGAACGUCACGCUUCCGCGGCCGCCAAACUUCGUGUAGGCAGCUUGGAACGACAUGCGUCUUCACCGACCAUCAGAGGACAAUUACCAACACCGGUAGGUGACUCGCCUGCCAGUACUCCAAGCGCCAGCCCAGCAAUUGUGCCAAAUGACGCUGGCGAUGAUUUGCCAUUCGAAAUGGACGACGAUGCUCUUCCAGGACCGGCCAGUGAAGUCAGACGUCCAUCGGGCAGAUCACCACCCCUCCGAGAGAAGCCUGUGCCACUGAACAUGCCCAACGCUGCUCUUUCUGGAUCUAUUGAGAGUCCCAGAACACCUCGCGCCGGAUUCGUCAAUUCGUACAGGUCACAAUCGGACAACGUACUUUUGGCGCACAGUCCGACAGUGCCUGUGACAGGCUUCGAGACGUCCGGGGCAGCAUGGCAGAUUCCUACUGAGACUCGUCGAAAGAGUGAUCUCAAAGACAUCAUGGAGCAAGCAUCGGCGUCGCGCGUGUCCAAUUUGACGCAAGCCAUGCGCACGGCCUCAAUUCCGUUGCAAGGCAGCAACAAGAUGUCGCAAAAGGAGCGGAAACGUCAGCAGCAGCUGCUCGUGAAGGAGCAAGAGGCGAAGACUGUACAGUCUUCAAGUGUGCCCAAGGACUCGGUCGCAAGAGGAGCCUCUUCUCCUUGGCAGAACGUGGCCAAACCCAUCAAGCCCGCUGCUUCACCGGUCUCGCCCAUGCAAGGGUCAACUCCACAAGCCGAUAAGCCACUGCCUGGGAAGCAGAGCAUGACCAUGCGUCAGACAGUCGCAGGAGGUUCCCCAAGUGGGCAGACCCCUACCAAAGACGCUAGUCGUGGACCACCAUCCGGGCUUGCACCUGCCCUCAAACCAGCGGCGCCACAAAUCCAAUCAAUACGCCACAGUCCCAUUCCUUCUAGGACAGCUUCAGCUAUCGACGCACGUACAUCGAUGGCCGAGAUAUUAGCGCAGCAGCAGACCGAGAAAAGGGCAGUCAAGGAGGCAGUCGCGAAGAGGUCACUGCAAGAGAUCCAGCAGGAACAGGAGUUCCAAGAGUGGUGGGACAGUGAGAGCCGGCGGAUACAAGAGGAAGAGGCACAAGCCAGUACUACUGCAGCCCGAGGUGGCAAAGGGGGCCGUGGACGUGGCGGACACCGUCGUGGCAGUGGUAGGGGCAAAGCAACAUCGGCAACGGAUGUGGCUGGCCGAGAGCCUUCCACGGCGAACCCGAAGCACCGGGAAGAUUCUGGUCGUGGUGGGCAUGACUCUCAACGAGGCAGCGGUCGAGGGCGUGGUCGGGGUAAUGCACAGCAGCAACGUGGAGUACGGCAGUAAUGAUAGAACAGUACAGAUUUUGAUUCAUGGGAUUGCACAUAUGAUUGACGCUACA